GGUGACAUAGACCGUCAGCGGGGUGACGUCAGAGGGCGUGUCCAACCAAAGGACAGAAGAGACUCCACAAUGGGAGACAGUUUUUAUGAGCAGCUGGUGGAGGACAGCGCCUUCCUCCGGGCUGACUACAGACUGGACACGGAGCUGGUGGACAAAAUCAUCCUGCAGCUCAACAGAAUCUACCCGCAGGUCCUCACUGACAAGGAGGCCACCCGAUUUCGAAACUUGGAUGUGCCCACCAGUUUUCGAGUGGGUGAGCUGGUCACACAUCUCAAGGGGAAAGGUGAGGAGGCAUGCAGGGAGUUCUACAGGGCUCUGCACUUGCACGUGGAGGAGUUAUACUACAGCCUUCCCACGCGGCUCCGCCUCAGAGAUUCUUUUGAUCCACUUGCUCAUCCACCUGUCUACCAACAGAAGCACUCUCUCAAUGAAAGAGGUCCCCACUUCUUUCUGGGCUGCUUCAGUGUUGCUGUUGGAAUGGCUUUACUGUAUUACUUCAGUGAGGCUAAAGUGGCAGGAGGCAGUCGGGCUCUCGGGAUGGCCGCUCUGGGUCUGAAGAAGAAAGCUCAGGAGGUUCUUAUUUGGUACACGGAAGAAAGCCUCAUGUUAUAAGAAGUGAUGCCGUCACACCAGGUGCUUCAGCACGACUGCUCUGAUGAAUUAUAAUUAUACCAAAGCCCAGUACAUGAUACGUUUCAGUGGCUUCAAAGCUCAUUUUAUACAUUUUUAUAUUAUUCAGUUACAUUUGACACUUUUCGGUGUUUAUACAAGUUAACAGAAUAAAUUACUCCACUUAAAUCAGGAAUAUGAUUAUUCGACAUAAUAAGAUAAUUAUUGUGAGGUCAUGAAACUACUAAAUGUUGACACUUGUGGAGAUGUAUACAAAACCUUUUUUUAUUGCAUUUCCUUUCCACUUUAUUGUGACUACUGGCUCACUGGGUUUUGUGUUCAUUUUUGUUUGAAUAUGAACAGACAUAUUUUCUACUUGAACAUUACCACCAUCUUGUGGACAUAAGCGGAACUACAGCUACAAAGUGCCUUUUUCCUGGUUUAGUAAGAGCUCGACGCUCUACUGUUCAAAUCUGUAUUUUUUUAAGUUAUUUUUUGUAUGACCUGUCAAAAAAUAUACCAAUUAAUGUCUACGCCGUGACAUUUUUUUCAGACAAACUCAGUAUCCGCUUUUAAACCAUGUGAACACGUCAACGGAUAACGCCCCUCUUUGUCGCAAUGUAUUGUGGGUAUA